CUUCAGCAUGCAGUUUAGCGGAGAUCCCGCAGGGGGCGACCAGGUGCGGGAGGAGCGUUGAGUCGUGGUAACGGAAAGUAGAAGUAGAAGAGUCUUCCGGUGUCCUUGUGCUGAAGACUCGACCACAGACGGUUCACCGACAUGUUCAGACACAUGAUUGCCUUCCAGCAGGUGGCGCGGCGCAGCGUCAGCAGCUCCAUCCGCCGGCAGAUAGAAAAUAAAGUUCCAGAGAAACAGAAGCUGUUUCAGGAAGACAACGGGAUUCCGGUUCACCUGAAAGGAGGCACCGCUGAUGCUUUGCUGUACAGGAUGACCAUGAGUCUCUCUGUCCUAGGAGUUGGUUAUGUUCUGUACGAGUUGGUGAAGGCGUCUUUUCCUCAGAAGAAGGUCUAACUCAUCUCCAGCUGUUUACUUCUAUGUUCUCCUGUGGACCAGCUGCUCCAGGCCCAGAUCAACCUGAAAGUCCUCUAUCAUGUUGUGGUUUUGUUUCAUGUUCAUGGAGUGUUAACUUAUUUCUCCAAUGAGGAUCAAUAAACAAAAUAUACCUCUCA